AUGGAAUUGCCUGCAAAUUUAGAUGAUGGAGAAUUAUGGAUUCCUUCUGACAUUUUUCCUACAGAUGAUGCACUUCAUCAUAACCGUCCAACUUCUGAUGUUUUUUUGGAAGAUCUCAGCCGUCAACUUUCAAAAAUAAAUUUUCAAUCAGUAAUUCCUCAGCGGUUGGGAAUCUCUGGAAAUGUGACACAGUUUGGUGCAGUUACUAUUCCUUCUCCAAACGCCAGUUAUGGACAGACUCCGGGUCCCAAUCGGGUUGACCGUCGUCUGUUCAACUCUAUUUCCGGCCCGGUUCACCAAUCUCUUGGCGUUCCGGGUCUUCCUUUCCCUGUGCAUGAACCGGUAGCUGAGCACUUGAUGGAGACCAGAAAUUCUAGGAGUAGGCCUGUGCAUUUUCAGCAACAGAACCAGCUUUCUCCAUUUCAAGCAAAUGCCUGUCGAUUUGGGUAUGGGCCCGGACUUAUACGACACAGUAGUAGAAGUAGCACCUCCUCCGGCACUGGUGUCUUCAUCCCUCAAGCCACCCACAAUUCAGCCAUCAACUCUGGCAGUGGUAAAAACAGAACAGGAGUGCCAAGAACAGGGGUGAUGCCACAGAGAAGACCUGCUAAAAAACUUGCCUUAAGGAAGUUAGAAGACUGCUAUCAUCCACUUCCUUCUCCAGAAAUAGGACUGCCUGAGGAGUGGUCUUAUUAAUGACUUACUCCUCUGUCCCUUUGAGAUUGAGACUGAUAAUAAUAUGUCAGUGUCCUCACAACAUAUCAUUAUCAGUAGCGAUCUCAAAUCUCAAAGGGAAAGAGGGAAUAGUGAUCAAAGGGAGUACUGGCUCUCAUAAAUUCAAUAAUUCUGAGUUCUGACUGGUAGUAAUACUCCUCAUACUUAUUUCAAGUGUUGUAAUAAAGACAACAGCUUAUGUUGACUUGUUAGUUUGAAGAAUAAAGUUUUAAACAUUGCUCCUCUUUGGCAAUGGAGUUGGUUAACUUGUUUAAGUAGCAAAUUGGAAUUAUAGAAUUAGAUGAACCUGAAUUGGAUUGAAUAAAAUUACACCUAAGCAGGUCUAACUCAACCCAAUUAAUAAACCUUGUCGGUUCAAGUAAUAACAUAGAAUUCAAAAUCAUCUGGCUUAUCUGUAAUAUCAACUCUAAAAAGGCUCCAAACCUAAAUUGAAAGGACCCAUUCAAGUCUUCAGGGUUAGGCCGUGAAAAUUCUGGCACAUAAUCACUCUGUAGGCACACUCAUGUAGACACAUCCAUAGAGCAUCUGUAGGCUUGGACCUACUUAUGUAGACACAUCCACAGAGCACCUGUAAGCUUAGACCUACUUACAUAUGCACUUAAUGAAGUUCACUUUCCAAAAUUAUUUUGUCACAUAAUAACCAACAAGGGUUCAAAAGAAAAUAAAAGGCUCUUUACAUAACUUAUCACGUUGUUAGUCCUAAGUAUCUACAAAGCUUGAACUUUUAAUUUUUAGAUGAAUCCUGAUCUAAAUACUUUUUCAGCUAAAAAAGAACCAUGAUCAAAAUGGAAAAUCUUCAUCCAUGAACAUUUCCCAGAUUCAUUUUCUUUAUAAAUACCAAUAUUAAGAUUAUCUUCAUCAUUUUUCCAGCGCACAUAUAAACAUCCAUCCUUCUGAAACAAUGCUUGAGGAUUGAUAAAACCAUGAUCUGGCCAUUCUGGGAACGACUAUUGCUAUGAAUUUCUCUUUUUCUAAAAUAAUCCUAAAAUAUGAUGUAUUUGAUCAUGUAAUCCAAUAUUAUAUUCAGUAUAAUAUACUGCCCAAUAUAUCAUAUCAUUACUUGAUAUACCUGUUUCCUUAAUUGGUUGGAUUACAUCAAAAUCAUCAGAAUUUACAAAAAUUGUCCAAUUGUUGCUAUUAAAAGAGAAAAUUUGUACCUUUUUCUUCGAUUUUUGAUAAUCAAUUAUGGUGAUUAGAAUUAUAAAUUAAUAAUGCAAAAUACAAAUUGUAAUUAGGAAUUUGUAUUUUCCCUUUGUUGAUGGCUAAAAUAAAACUUUACAAAAAACACUAAGAAUAAAUUUAAAGAUAAUUUUUGUAAUGACAACCGUUACCCGGAAACUUGAUAUUUAUUAUAGGAGUGUAAUCACUAUCCUUUUGUGAUAUUUUUCCCGACAAAGGUACUUGGGUUUUGAAUUGGAAAUUUACAACGAGAUACAAACAACACAAUGCACCCUUACUACUUAGGGUAUGUCACUUAACAAUAAGUGUUUGAUGGGUUAUAAGAUUUGGAAAUUCUAACAAAUUAAAG